ACCACGUGCUGAAUGCCGCGGUCGUUCCGCAAACCGCAGUGCCGCGUCAGUCACGUUAACGCGAGAGUGCCUUCGGUUCGCUUGCUGAAUUAUUUCACGCGCCCCUACGACUCCACGAUUAAUCGUUCGUUAUUACGAGACGUUCAAUUCCCUUUUAACGACACCGACGUUUAGAAAACGACCGAACCGGCCCGUUUGUUCUACCAACGUUCACAGAUGGCAGUAAGCAUGGAUGUAACGACGGAUAAGAAAUUCUUCAACAACAACAGCUACGGUGGAUUUGAAACAUGUCACCUACUCAUAUCCAAAUUGUGAAGUGGAGUUUCCCAGCUUUUGCGCUUAUUAUCGGCCUUCUGUGGUAUAAACGUCGUCGAGUGGACAGAACAGAUCCAGGCGGAGUGGAUAAUCCAGAUCGCACCGACGAAGGUGUCGUCGAUUCCGAGAAGGAAGCUGCCACUGUGAAAUCUAGCUUGAACUACCGCGGUUCUGAUAUGCAAAUCGAUGAGUCGUUCACGGUGAGUUCUUCUUGUCAACCAACAGAAGAAACGGUUUGUAGCCCGAGAAAGAGAAGCGAGAGCUUGGAUAUCCCUCAAAGGAAGAACGGCUCGCAGUCUGUUUCCAUGCGUUCGAUAACGCCCGAGGAUGAUCAAGGAUGGCACAAUUUUCUGAGCUCCGCGUCCCACAAAAUGGACAUACAGCUGGGCAGCAAUCCUAAAACGAGUAACUUCGACAUGGCCGUCAGAAGCAGAAGCGUGGCUUCCGCGGAAAACGCCGUCGACUCGAGCACCAACGCGAGGAAGAUAUUCGAGAAUGUUACCGAGGAGGAAGAGCAAACGACAAUUCCCGAAGACACGCCGUUGGAGGUUGUUGACAAAAACGGGGAGAACGAGACAAAUAAUAAAUGCAAUUACGCUCCGGGUAACGAGCCACCUGUUGUCACCCCGAUAAAAGACAGCGCGAAAGCUCAAGUGCAAACGUUAUCCGAACGGGACUCUGCCAAUCACAGUCCGGUUUCUGGCGUUUUGGAGGGCAGCGUCACGGACGAAGCAAGGAGCGAAGGAAGCACGGACAGUGGAAAGGGAGGAAGUAUCACGGGUCACGCGAAGGACAAUGCAAUCCCGAUGGUGUACGAAUUUAACGUACCACAGAAUUUAGUUGGAAAAGUAAUCGGCCGUCACGGUAGUUUCUUACAAAGCAUUCGUGAGCAAGCCAAAGUUCAUAUAAUCAUCAGACAUAAUCCUAUAUUCAGAGAUCAGCAGAUUUGUAGCAUAGAGGGUUCCACGGAAGGGAUCAACAUUGCCCUGGACAUGAUACGUCAAAAGCUUCCGAAGAAGAAGUAUCCGCACGUCACUCUCGAACAGAUUUUUCAAUUGACAUUGCUAAACGAGAGCUCGUGGUUCACAGAACUGGUGCAAUUGUCGUUAGUGGAGGGUGUGAACAACGACGUUGUUGUAUGUCAUAUAGUGAAACCAAACAGAUUCUUCGUGCAGCUUCCUACUCAUCCUACCUACCCAUCCUUGCGAAUUUUAGACGAAAGCAUGACAUUAUUGUAUAACACGACAGAAUCACCACCAGUUCCGGAUGAACUUAGCAAAGGUAUGGUGUUCGUUGCAAAAUGGUUCAGUAGGUGGGUUAGGGUAUAUAUCGAGCAACCGGAUCCUCUUGGCGAGCGGCAUUUAGUGCGGCUUGUCGAUCACGGGGGUUAUUGGUAUUGCAGUAAUGUAGAAAUGAGAAAGAUUAGGUCAGAUUACCUUGCAUUACCGUUGCAAGCGAUUGAAAUAUUCCUCACGAAUGUGCAGCCAAAAAAUGGUGUGUGGGCUCAAGAGGCUUACAAUGUAGUUGCUCAUAUGUGUUCUGGUAUUUCCGGACAAGCUCAAAUCGAAGGUUAUAUAAAUUCAAGCGUAUACGUUAGUCUCUAUUUGAAUAUUCAGAAACACGGGGUGGUAUCCCUUGCUGAUGAAUUGGUAGCUCGUGGGUAUGCGGAAUUUGUACCGUUAGAGAGCAUAGUUCCAGAAGAAGAUGUAUCGUUCACUUGAGGUAUGAAUAAAAAUUUAGUCUUUAAUAAUUGAGCUGUAUAAAAAAACUGUGCGGUGAUAAUACGUGAUCGUAUAAUUUUAUAGUCAUUAUAUCCGUGUUGGAAGUAAUUUUCAUACUCGAAGUUUCAUAUUCUAUGAUUUUGUUUUCUCGAUACAAAGAUUUAGAUACUUUCUCUUGGCCGAGAGUCGUGGAAAAUAGUGAUUUUUUUUAAAAAUUCUGUUCCAUAUAUUUAUUCUACUACAAUUAAUUUUUCACGUCAUAGUAUAAUUUUCAUGCUGAUUCAGUAUCAUUGGACACUUUAGGGUGAACGAGAGUAAUAUUUAAUAAGCAUUUAUUUCUCUUCAUGAAUGAUUUACGACAAGUACAAAUGCGAAUUAUGUUUAGAAUGUGGUGUUUUUAUGUGCAUGGUUAAUGAUGCUGUUUUUAAUAAUGUUUCCACUUUACCAAGUGGAAAGAGAGUUUAGAUCGGAUAUUACGGACCAUUAUAGUGAAGGGAUCGCAUGAACAAAACGUUUUUGUUUCUGUCAUUUCACUUAUGCCAUUGAAGUGUACGAUAAUCGACCACCACAUUCUAGCGACAUAAAUCGAUUAAGAAGGUUAGAUAUAAUGAAAAGGACCUGUGUACAUUUAAUAUAAUAUCCAAACGAUUUAUAACGUAGGAACAGGUUUUUUACGGUAUGAUAGUGUACUAUGUGUUCUUAAAACGUAGCGAAAAGGUCGAAGAAGCUCUUCUUGAAUUGCAAAAAAUUACUCCGUGAUAGUUUUAUCUUCGAAACUGCCGUUUUUUUCACGUUGUACGGAACGUACGUAGGACAAAUCCUGCAGAUACCACUGAGGCGGCUUCAAUAAUUAUUAUACAAACCUGAAAACCAUUUAUAUUAAGUUUAAAUUGAAAAUAAAACGAAAAGAAGAAAAAAAAACAAUGAAUAAAAUGCAAUUUCUGAGACUGUUAUUGAAAAAAAAAAAUAAUGCAACUGUUUAUUGCAUUUGCAUAUUUAGUUUUGCAUAGUCAGAUUUUGAUCAUACUUUUGUACAUAGUGUAACAUUACUUCGCCGUUUAUAAAAUAUUUAUGAUAUGUCUUUAAUAAUAAUGGUAAAAAGAAAACUGUAAGGCGCUAGUUAGCUCUACACGAUGAUAAAUAUGACAAGAUAAUGAUAGUAGAUUUAUAUAUUUUACAUGUCUCAACACACAAAAUGAAAAAUUAAGUGAUUUUGUAUCAUUGCCGCGUUAUUAACAAUUCCAAUCGAAUCGGGGAAUUCGCUUCUGCGAGAUCGUAAUAUCUAUUACAGGUCAAACUUGUUCAUUGACGCGAUCCUUUUAGUUAGUACAUAUAGGUAUCGUCAUGUUGUAUUUGAUAUUAUAAAAGUCCUGAAAAACUUGUUAUCCCAGAAAUUGGGAUGACUGUCUUAAAAUUGUUAAAAACGGUAUUAUCGAUAUUAUCUAUACACUUAACAUUAGAGGCUUAUCGCAUAUAAAUAUAUAUAUUGAUUAAUUUAACUAAGUUAAAUAUAUAUAUAUAUAUAUAUAACUUAAUUUUUCUUGUGUAAUGAUAAUAUUAAUAACUUCUUCCUGUAACUUGCUUCGGAAUUUGCAGCAAGUAAACUGUCAUCUUUCCGCUUUUUAAGUUUCGGUUGAAGUUUCUUAGUGAAAAUAAUAUCGCAUUUUAAUUGAUACACCGCCAUCGAAUUAACUACGAAAAGGUUGGUCGUUUUGUUUUUUUUAUAACGAUAUAGAGGAUUUAUAUGAUUUAUUAAGUAUAUGUAAUUAUAUGUUGUUCAGGCAAUUGCAUCAAGCGUUUCAUUUAUUCUCUGUAAUUCAGAACUCUAUCUAAAACGUUGUAACGAUUACUUAUACAAAUUACUGUAAAUGUGUCAAAAAAUCGGAAAUAAAUCAUUUGAAAUUUCUUAAUAUAUUUAGAUGCGAACACAUCUAAAACUUGUUACGUGUUAACAUUUACUGUUGUUGGUAAAAUGUUGUUGGUGAAAUUCUAACCUGACAGAAAUACUUUCCUAGGAAUAUGCAUAGAAUACAGUCACGAAGUCGCUUGCAUUAAAUCAUAUGUACUUAAUAAUACCACCGUCGCGAAAUGAAAAUUUUUUUAUUCAUCGAAAUGUUUUAUACCGACCAGUGCAGUGUUCCGAUAAUAUCUCUCGUAAUGAAAUUGUUAUACAGUUGAUACGUUUUUAAAAUUCUCCAACAGAGGUACAGUUAAUAAUUUUGUUACAUCGGUCUCAGAAAUUUUACGUAGCCCUUUACGUUGCAUAGGAAACGAUAGAUCGCAUUAUCUGGCUCCAUAUCGUAUUUCAUUUACCAUUGUUAACUAAAUUAAGUUCAUUUUGUAUAUACCUCAAUGUAAUCUUCAGCGUUCUCAUUAAAUUUGCAUCAUUUUAAUCGCAUUAUCUUUACUUUCUACCUUACAUCACAAUUCAGUGAUUAGUUUGUCAAUUGAUCGUAAUCCAUGGGAAGAGGUCGCUAUAAUCACCUCCGAAUUUUCAUGGAUUCGAGUCAGAUUGGACAUUGGAGCAAAAAAGUCCAUAAGGUGUAGGGUCUUACUCGUAUACCUCGUUUGUGAUACCGCAUGUAACAUAACCGACAAUGUUCUUGCAACAGACAUGCACAUUUAAUACAU